AUGCGCCUGGCAAGGACGUCAGCGGCGCGGGGCCGGCUCCCUGUGCGCUUGCGCGUAGCCAAAGGUAGCGCGGCUGCGAGAGUGGGCGGGUUGCUGUGGUGGUCCGCGCCCUGUCAGUCAGUCAGUCGCGCGCGGAAGGUGAUGAACUUGCCGGCUCACGGUGGCCCUCCUUCCUCCUCCCGCCGCCAUUAUGUCCGUCACCAUAGAGCAAGAGUUCCAAGAGAUCGACGCUGCCAACGAUUGGCAGCCCCGGUACCUGGAUAUACGGCACCAAUCCAAUGACUAUCCACAUAAAGUUGCGAAAUAUGCAGAAAAUCGAAAUCGUAACAGAUACAGAGAUGUUAGCCCAUAUGAUCACAGUCGUGUGAGACUACAGAAUACAGACAAUGAUUACAUCAAUGCAAGCCUGGUGGUAAAUGAAGAAGCUCAGAGAAAUUAUAUAUUAACACAGGGUCCACUUCCUAAUACAUGCUGCCAUUUUUGGCUAAUGGUAUGGCAACAAAAGACAAAAGCAGUUGUUAUGCUGAACAGAAUUGUUGAGAAAGACUCGGUGAAAUGUGAACAAUAUUGGCCUACAAGGGAAGAAGAACAAAUGAUGUUCAAAGAAACUGGAUUUUGUGUGAGGCUAAAAUCUGAAGAUGUCAAAUCAUACUAUACUGUACGCCAACUUCAGCUAGAAAACAUUAAAACUGGGGAGUCCAGAAUUAUAUUCCAUUUUCAUUAUACCACAUGGCCAGAUUUUGGAGUUCCUGAAUCUCCAGCUUCAUUCCUUAACUUCUUGUUUAAAGUCAGAGAAUCUGGAUCUUUGAGUCCUGAUCAUGGGCCUGCAGUCAUUCACUGCAGUGCAGGAAUUGGACGUUCUGGUACAUUUUCCUUGGUAGACACAUGCCUCGUCCUGAUGGAAAAAAGAGAAGACCCAUUUUCUGUAGAUAUAAAGCAAGUAUUACUAAAUAUGAGAAAAUACCGAAUGGGACUUAUCCAAACUCCAGAUCAGCUAAGAUUUUCCUACAUGGCUGUAAUAGAAGGAGCAAAAUACAUAAUGGGAGAUCCUACAAUACAGAAUUGGUGGAAGAUACUUUCAAAAGAGGACCAAGCACCAAGCUCUGGACGUUCCCCUCCACAAGCAACCAAAUUAACUACAGAGAAGUUCAAUGGAAACAGUGUGGGAUUAGAAAAACAGGAGCAAGAUGAGGACAUAAAUGCUGACCUGUCUUCCACGUUACAGAAUGCUGCAGAUGUGAAUGCUGACGUUACUUUCCGGAAGCGGCUGAGAGAGGAUAGAAAGGCUAACACAGCACAGAUGGUGCAGCAGAUGAAACAUAGACUGAGUGAGACUGAAAGAAAAAGAAAAAGGCCGAGAGUGACCGACACCUAAGCAGCCAAGACUUGUGAAUAUUCUGCAGCUAUAAUAACACACUAUUGGCAUGCAAAGCAGACCAUCAUCCCUCUUCAGGAACAAAAAUGAGGUCUGAACAAUACCCAGUGGCCUCGUAAAUAUCUGUUUACAACGUAAACAACCAGGGAAUGAAGUACAUCACCAGCAAGAGACUUUGCAAAAUAGAGUAAUUUUGUCUUAAGUGUUUUAUGCUUGUAUCAUCUGUAGAGAGAUGUAAGAGAUCACAUUAGAUAAUACUUUGUACUGCCAUUCUUAAUUGUAUUUUUUAUACUUUUGGCAGCAUUAAAUAUUUUUUUUAACUGAAA